AUGUCCGACGGUGGCCUCUUGAAGCCGGAGAAGGAUUUCUCGAAAGAUGCUGACAAGCUGAUCCCAGAGGCAGAGCAGCUGGCAAAGUCCGAUGUUGAAGCUGCCAUCGAUAAGCUCCUGGUUCUGGAGAAGCAGGCACGACAGGCUUCUGAUCUUGCUACUACUUCACGGAUCCUUGUCACCAUCGUCACAAUCUGCAAAGACUCGGGCAACUGGAAUCUCCUCAAUGACCAGGUGCUCCUACUUUCCAAGAAACAUGGUCAACUCAAACAGGCGACAACGAGGAUGGUUCAGACAGUGAUGAAGUUUUUGGAUGAGACACCUAGCAUGGAUGUGAAGUUGUCUGUGAUCGAUACGUUGCGGACCGUGACCGAAGGCAAGAUUUUCGUCGAAGUAGAGAGGGCUCGUGUAACACGCAUUUUGUCGAACAUCAAGAAAUCGCAGGGUGAUGUCAAUGCUGCCGCCGACAUUCUUUGCGAGCUGCAGGUGGAAACCUUCGGUUCCAUGACAAGGCGUGAGAAGACCGAGUUUAUCUUAGAGCAGGUAGCUCUUUGCAUAGAACGUGGCGAUUGGUCACAAGCUGCGAUCUUGAGUCGCAAGAUCAACAAGAGAUACUUUGCGCGCAAGCCACAGAAGUCAGCAGAGGAAAUUGAAAAGCUCAAGAAGGCGGCCGAGGAAAGAGAAAAGACACGCGCUCCUGAUGAACCUCCCAUGGAAGUCGACGAAGACGUGACAGACCUGAAGCUCCGCUAUUACGAGCAACAAAUCAUACUUGCAAAUCAUGACUACAAGUAUCUAGCUGUUUGCAAACACUACCGUGAGGUCCUUGACACGGACUCAGUGCAGAGUAACCCGGAGCAACUGCGAGCAGUAAGCCGAUACCUACCCUGUCUUCUUAUGUGGACACUGACAAUAGUUACCAAGGUGCUUGCCCGAAUCGUCUACUACAUUGUCCUCUCUCCAUACGACAAUGAACAGUCCGACCUGCUGCAUCGCAUUCAGCAAGAUUCUCGACUCUCCUUAGUUCCUGUUGAAGCUCGCCUCGUCAAGCUCUUCACCGUCCCCGAGCUGAUGCGUUGGCCCAUGGUUGCCGAGCAGUUUGGUCCACAUCUCUGCAACACGGAUGUGUUCAAUGCGCAACCCAGCCAGUCCGUGGAGGAUCAGGCACAUAAGAGGUGGCAAGAUCUCCGCAAACGCGUCAUUGAACACAAUGUCCGUGUGGUAGCCAAGUACUACACUCGCAUUCAGAUGGGCCGUCUGACUGAACUCCUUGAUCUGGCCGAGGAAGAGACCGAGAAGUACAUCAGCGAGCUGGUGACUUCAAAAACCAUCUAUGCCAAGAUUGACCGUCCCGCACGACUGGUCAACUUCGCCAAACCUCGAGAUGCCGAUGACGUGUUGAACGAAUGGAGCAGCGACAUGAAGAGCCUUCUUGGGUUAUUGGAACGCAUCGACCAUUUAAUUACCAAGGAAGAAAUGAUGGCCAGAAUUCUUCCAUCCCGCGGGGAGAAGGGCAAGGCCCGUUGA